AUGGAUCUCAUUCUAUGGUUGCACGAACAAAACAAGUUGUCUGUCUUUUUACUCCUUAAACGUCUACUGCUGGACAGCGGCCCGGAAAUUCGUGGUUGGAUAUGUGAUUAUCUGAAGCAAAAAACUGACCACUUGAGCAAACUUGAUCAUCAUUUGAUCGAGACCGUAUCGUCACUCAUACCGUCAGAUUCAUCAUCGCCCUUGUCGGACGAUGUCAUUCUCAGCGCCCUGACGUUGCUGCGCGUUCUCACCGCAUUGCGCGGGUUUGUGAAUUAUGUCUUCCCACCGGAGUUGUCAUCUCGUUUGCUCAAGCUGUUGACGCAUCCUACCUGUGUGUCGGAACGUGGAUCACAGUACAUUACCUAUGCCCUGGCAUUCCUCAUUGGACUUCGCUCUAGUCUCUCAUGUUCUCAGGACACAGGGAAUCGGACUGAUUUUACGGUGGACACGGAACGUACCAUUGUCAUGUGGUUGCAACGUUUGAUCGACAAACAAGAUUACUUUCAGUCCAUGGCCUUAUCAUCUUCCCCGGCCCUGUCCAACUGGGAUGCGUUGUCCGAUCGAUUGGAUGCGGUUAGUGUUUCCAAACCGUAUGUGGAACCGUUGCUCUUGUUGGCCAUUCUGUUUCACACCAAUCAACCCGGACCGAUUACCGAACUGAUUUCAAACUUGCUCGGUUUGCGUAUUCCCUCACUGGGUCGUACUGUGAAUGGAUGGCGAAAGAUUUUUCUCAAUUCCGUCUUCACGGAAACGGUAAGUACGUCAAGUUUUUGUUUUUUGGUGUGUGUGUGUGUGUUGCGGGGAUGGGGUGGUUUCUUGGAAGUGGAACCUAACUAUACAGAGUCAACCAGCUUAUGUGAUGAAUAUCUUCUAAUCUCUUCUUGGCUAUAUUUUACACAUGCUACUGGGAUUCAUGGUCCUAUUAACCCCACCACUCCGCGCACUAUCUCGUUCGUUUCUUUCGACCUUCAGGAGAAAAACAAUAAGCUGUAUUUCAGACGGAUGUUUUCAUUACCAGACUGCACCUUGACGUGGUGUGAUGACUUGUGCAUCUCUCAGGCCCAACAAGCUGCACAGGAUGGAUAUCAAGCCAGGAGAUCUAUUCAUGCAUGGCAGGGUAGAGGUUCAAUCUACUGGUUCUCCAGGCGUUUCAGUUGGUAA